AUGAGUAACAGAGCGGCACAAGCAUGCGAUGGAUGCAGGGUGCGCAAGGUGAAGUGCAAUAGCACGCAGCCUUGUUCGCAAUGCUCACAUCUAGGCCUUGGGUGCAUCUACUCGCCAUCAACUAAGCGCAAGCCCAGUGUUCGCAAUCGCCUUGUUACGCAGCUUCGCAACAAGUCAAAUGUAGCAGCGGCUUCGCCGAGUCGUGGCAGCACGUCGUCGCUGGCUGACUAUCCGGAAAGACCACCAGGUCCGGCGGUCACGUCCAUCGCUGGGAUAGUGAAUCCGGAACAAGAUGCAUCACCCGUCAGCAGUGGAAUUGGUUCUGGAAGAGGGGGCGCAGGCAUUGGAGCUGGACUUGGAAGCGGCUUUGGGAGUAGUAUGGGAUUUGACUCGAGAGGUGGCUUUGGUGCAGAGUUUUCCCUGGAGCAUUCUACCUUCACCACGGGCUUCUUCAUCGGUAUGCUGCCCAAAUAUGAAGAGCAGGUGUACCCAGUUAGCCCCAUCAUCACGAGCUAUGAGGUGCGCCAGGCAAUCGAUAGCAUGCACGCCAACCUCGACGACGCAGCGUUCGUGUACGCAAUGGGGGCGGUGACAAUCAAUCUCACGACUCCCACAGUGCAUGGUGAGGCGGGUGCCAAGAUGACGGAGCUGAUACGACUCGGCCUCAGCGCGUAUAGACGGGCAGACUCGAUGGCGGACGUCAAGAAUGGGAGGCUGACUGAGCUGCGGACCACAUUUAAGCGCAUCAUGACAUGCAUCUUCCUUGAGGUUUCCAUGAUGGCCUUUAACCGCUUCGACCGCAGCUUUGCCUCGCUGCGUGAGGCCAUGACGAUGGUGCAAAUGAUCCACGUCCAGCAGUGCUCACACAACGCAGUGCCCCUUGAACCGCGUGACGUGCCCAAGUUCCAACGUAUAUACUGGGAAGUGUUUAUCCACGAGCGCUUCUUGACAAUACUCUCUGGGUUCCCGUGCAUCAUGACGCCACUGCCUACGGGCCUACCAGUGCGAGACACAUCGAUCCCGGCACAUAUUGAUGUCGGAUUCAACCGCCUCAUCCGCUUGUUUCAGAUCAUGGACGGGCCCUUUUUGCUGUACUGGAAUGCGCAGCAGAAUCCGGCGCAGCCCGUGCCUGGGGUAUCACUACAAUGGAUUGAGAGCAAGCAGGCCCAACUCGACGAAGACGAAAUCGGUGCAUCUGAGGCUGAGCAGGCACUGAUUGACAGCGGCCGGGGGUCCUUUACGGAGUUGCAACACGUCGAUCUGUUUGUGACCAGGCUGUGGAUGCGCACGCUGCUCUGGCAGUUUGGGCUUACGCACCGCUUUCUUCGCUCGGUGCCAUCACAAAACAUCCACGAAGGCUUGUCAAUUCACUUCCCCGCGCAUAGGCUCUCUGUUCAGUUGCGAGCCCUGGUCAGUCGACUGGAGAACGUGUCCACCAUUGUGACACACGGUAUUGGGAUCUUGCAAAAGAUAUUUGAGAUUACGAGUACCGCGGCGGACGUGCUUGCGCUGCCAGUGGGCUAUGGCCAGACGCAAGAAGAAAUAAGUAGCCGGAUAGAAGAUUUUGCAUUUUUGGUCAAGUUUUUGUUCAGCUUCGAGAGGGCAGAAAAAGAGCAGCGAGACUACCUGCGUGAGAAGCUCGAGGGACUUCAGCAGCAGUACCCCAUGGUGAACUUUGCCGACAUGGUUGGGUCGGGCUCAUACUGA